AUGGACGGCGAACGCCUCAUGCUGGUAUACGGGCACAAAACCAACGGCCUCAAACUCGUCGAUAACGGCGUCAGCAUCCUCGACGAACUCGCUCUCGUCACCAUCCUAUCCGAAUACCCCGAGAUCCAAAUGGUCACCAAAGCAAUCACGCCAGGCAAGACUUCUUUCCCGAUCUACAAGGCAGACCUCGACGUCGAGAAGACUAGUAAGCAGACGAAGGAGGAGGUGAAGGAUGAGGUGCCGUGGAUGGGGUUCUUGGGGCUUCAUUGGGCGGGUCAUAGUUUUGAGGAGGUGACGAUUCUGUCUCCGAAUCCUGCUUUUGCUGGUGUGAAGGCGGAUGAGGCUAAGGGGAAGGACGCCGCGACCGAAGGGGGAGGUUGCUGA